GGGGGAGGAGCAGAGAAAUGAUUCCUCUCUCUAAUCCUGUAGACACACGCUCGGUCUUGCUGCCUACUGGCUCAGAGAGAGAGACGGAGGCAGGUGGAGGGUGCAAACACAGAGAGAGAGAGAGAGAAGGAAAAAACAAGAUGAAGGGAAGAGAAGAAAGGAGAGCUGCCUCUCGUAAACCACGCUGAGAAAAACGCACAGAGACAGGGAGGCGGUGAGGACGAGGAGGAGACCAACGACUCUUGCAUGGUUUUGAGCAGAGGGAAGGAGACAGGGGAGGAGGAGGCAGUGUGAUGCUUCUCUCCGGUGCUGCCUGAAACAAACCAGGAGAGGAGAGGAGCAACAGAGAGGACGAGAAGGAAUCCCUUGAAAAAUAGAGAGGACAGAUACAGAGGGAGAGAGGAAGAAAUGCAGAGGACGGAGGACAAGCAGAGAUCCCUGGUUACUCAGGCUCACAUGAGUGUAUGGACCUGAGCCCGGCCAGUGUUACUACAAGAUGCUGUCAAAGACCCAGCGUGUGAGGGCUGAGUGUUACUGUGCGAGUGAUGGAUGUCUGCACAAACUACGGCUGCUCCUCGAAAUUCAGUAGUAGAUAGAGUCUCUGUGUGUGUGUUCGACCAGGUGUGUGUGUGUGUUAGUGUGAGAACAUAUGACCGACCAGCUGUUCAGGAGGUAAACAGGGUCAGGUGCACCUAGAGGAGGGAAACAAGGAGGAAAGUGGGAAGACACACUCACGUGAGCAGGUGCACGGACGGAGAAUUACACACACACACACACACACACACACACACACACACACACACACACACACACACACAGACACACAAGAGUGUGUGUGUGUGUGUGCAGCUAGCACAUAAAGGCUUCAGUCCAACCAUCUCAGGUGCAGUUAAGGGCACAAGUGUGUGUGUGUUUUGGGGACAGCGACGAAAAAAGAAAAAAGGGAGCUCACGAUGAAGCGUCACUGAUUUUCUUCACGGUUCCUUCUUUUACACCGAACUAGCCGCCUGAAACCUGAAACCGCUCCCUACCUCAUCUCAACUCAACAAGUGGACUUGUUGACUCAGAAAAAGAGACGUUCAAACCAACACCGGUGCUCCUGCUAACUGGGAAGCCCACCAGCAGUGGGGUCGGCCCUGAUUUCCUGUGCCCAGUGGAUGCCACCUAACUCCAACAACCAUGGGGGAAUGGACCAUCCUAGAGCGCCUCCUGGAGGCCGCCGUGCAGCAGCACUCUACUAUGAUCGGAAGGAUCCUGCUGACAGUGGUGGUAAUCUUCCGUAUCCUGAUCGUGGCCAUCGUGGGGGAGACGGUGUAUGAGGAUGAGCAGACCAUGUUCAUCUGUAACACUCUGCAGCCAGGCUGCAACCAGGCCUGCUAUGACAAAGCCUUCCCCAUUUCCCACAUCCGCUACUGGGUUUUCCAGAUCAUACUGGUGUGUACGCCCAGCCUCUGCUUCAUCACCUACUCCGUGCAUCAGUCGGCCAAGCAGAGGGACCGGCGCUACUCCUUUCUCUAUCCCAUAAUGGAGAGGGACUACGGGGGAAGGGAAGGAGCCCGAAAGCUCCGCAACAUCAAUGGGAUUCUGGUUCAACAUGGCGGCGAUGGCGGAGGAGGGAAGGAAGAGCCUGACUGCCUGGAGGUGAAGGAGAUCCCCAACGCCCCACGGGGCCUGACCCACGGGAAGAGCUCUAAGGUUCGCCGGCAAGAAGGGAUCUCCCGCUUUUACAUCAUUCAGGUGGUGUUCAGAAACGCACUGGAGAUUGGCUUCUUGGCGGGUCAAUACUUCCUUUACGGCUUCAGCGUGCCUGGGAUCUUCGAGUGCGACCGCUACCCAUGUCUCAAGGAGGUGGAGUGUUACGUGUCCCGGCCCACGGAAAAAACGGUUUUCCUGGUGUUCAUGUUUGCGGUGAGCGGCAUCUGCGUGGUGCUCAACCUGGCCGAGCUUAACCAUCUGGGCUGGCGCAAGAUCAAGGCCGCCAUCAGGGGCGUCCAGGCCCGCAGGAAGUCUAUCUGUGAGAUCAGGAAGAAGGACAUGGCCCAUUUGUCACAGCCGCCAAACCUGGGACGCACACAGUCCAGCGAAUCAGCCUACGUCUGACCGUGAAGAGAAGAAGAAGAGGAGGAGUGGGAUGAAUGUGCAAGAGAGAGAAUGAAUUAAUUAUGAUUUUAAUUUAAUAAAGAUGGUAGGAGGUCAAACAAGAUGACCUCUCCUCUGUGAUGAUGGAAUGAAACAGAAUGUAGAAAAAAAAAAAAAAAGACCAAAUCUCCAGCUCUGAGACUUUGUAAGUCAAGAGACAGCAGAAGAAGAAGAAAAUUACAGAGAAUAAAAGAGGAGAAAACGUUAUCUUCUGCAAACAAACGAUGAUUUCUGGUCUCAUGGGGAGAUAUUCCAACUGCCAUUUUAUACUUUUUGUCUUUUUUUUAAUUAAUUACCUUCUCUGCCCCUCGUUUCUUUUACUGGGAGGAAUGAAAUCCUCAAGGGGCUGGAGAGGGCAGGACUAGAAGAUGAGAAGAAGAGGAGGAGAAGAGAGAGGGGAGCAGAUGAGAGGCUUGUUUUGUGUUCUUGGGGGGAUAUAGGAGGACGACGACGGUGUUUGAUGCAUCCCAUGGUGAUUCUCUCCUGGACUGUGUCAGCCUCAAUGAAAAAGGGGGACGGGAGAGGGGGUGGGACAGGGAGGGUGAGCGGCAACAUCAUUAAAAGAGGAACGGAAGAACUGUCAAAGCCGUGACAGACUCUAGAGAAUGAAGCCGAAGUUUGCGAGUGAGGAAGAGUAGCAGGGGAGAUAUCACACUCCGGGAAAACGUACGAAACAACUGAGGAGGGAGAGAAAAGAGGAAACGUUUUUCUUUCGCUUCCUCUCCUCGCCGGAGACUCGAGAUACACCGAAGCCAAGACAGACAGACAGAGCUGCCUCUGAUCAGUGUCAACCUCACCUCUGCUGGAACGUUGUCACGAGCCGAAACCCAAGAGAAGAAGACUGACGAUGUUUAUGUUUUGUCUCUUGGCGAAAGAUGAUUUUAACACAAACACAGCGAGAACCAUAAACACUUUUUUUUCUUUUCCUCUCCCGCUUUCUCUCGCUCUCUCCGCUCCAUGGUUGGCAGCUAUAUACACCCCUGGGGCUUUGGAUGACAGUAAUGACCCUCGCUGCGUAAACUUUGGAGAGGAACUUACGAACAAAUGAACAAACAGCGUGAAAAACGUCAGUGUCUCUGAAAGCACAAACCAAACUUCUCUCCGUCUAGCAUUCCAGCUGAGAGACGAAGGAGGGAUGGAAAGAAAGGAGGAGGAGGACGGGAGCUUGUGGAGGAAGGGAACAGAUCACUUUAUUACAACUUUAAACAAAUUUUAUAAAAUAUAUCACCAUGAGUUAUGAUUUUUUUUUUUUUUUUUUUUCUUCUGAGAAAGCGAUGGUGCCAUCCUUGAGUUUCAUAGAGUAUAAUAUUAUUUAUCCAUUUAGAGUAUAUCCAAAUAGAUUUAUUUAUCUUUGCGGGAAGGUUGGUUGGGAUAUCAUGUUGCUGUUUUUUCAAAUGUAUAAACUGUCUGUCUUUUUUUCCAUUUUAGUUUAAAGCGUUUCUCACCGAUGGAACUGAUUAAUGACGUGCGGCGACUUGUGAGCUUUGUUUUGAAAUGUUUUGAGGCUGUGCAGCUGAUUUUCUUUUUUUUUUCUUCUUUUUUUUGCAACAAUUAUGGAAAACUUUAACAACUUUUACAAUUAACUGCAUUCAAAAUGCAGAAAAAUGCAGCUGAUAAACACAACAUCGAGCCUUGGUUUCCUUCAGAAUCAGCUGCAUGGCUUCAGGCAGUUAAGGCCUGCGAGCCAUUUGAAAAAGGCAUGUUUACACGAAGCGAUGUUUCUGGAUGAAGCUGUGUAACCGUUGAGUAGCGACUCUCUCACAGUUGUGUUUUUGAAUCUCAGUGUUUUGGUUUUUUUUUUUUUUUUCUUUUUCCUGACUGGAUUUCAGCAUGCAUGCCUUGUAAGAGAAAAGUAAAAGAAUGACAUGAACGAAAUAGAAAAAGAUAAAGAUGAUUGAGAGUGUUGCACCUUGAAUAAUGCAGACGAGUGGGAGAGUGGCAGACUGAAGGAACUCACAUUGGGAUGAAGGCUGUGUUCAUGAACACACACAAAAAAAAAGUAAAAAUGAAAAAGUGGCACUACCACACUGUGAGCCUGUGAAACCAUAACCUCAUGUAGGGACAGUUCAGUGUGUUGUAUCCUUUGAUGAAGAUUGAAUUAUUUAACUGACAUGGACACACACAGAGAGAAACACACCAGGCCAACACACUCGUGUCCUGUUGUGAUUGCGACGAGCAGAGGUUAGAACAAGUUCAUGCCAAACUCAGAUUUCGUCUGUUUUAAAUCAUUUACGUUGAGUCUGGUGCAGAGACAAAGAUACGUAUGUGACAACAGCAGUUACUCAUCCAGAACUGCAAACUGAAUGGGCUUAUAACGGUUUGAUUCUUACAGGGGCCGCCCAUGCACGAAUGCUACUCUCUCACAGCAUCUGUAUGAUGCUUUUAAUUAAACACAUGCUUAUUAUCUUCAUGUCAGACUUUAAACCAAAUUGUAGCUAGAAUAAUUCAUCAUAAUUAAUGAUUGAAACCCUCCUUGUAAAAAGAUUUGUAAUUGAAUUUUUUUGUUCUAUCCACUUUCCUUCAACUUGCCUUAUCUUUUUCUACGUCAGCUAGUGAUUUCCUACAAUUCCCACAAUGCCUUUGGACAAGUCCUAGGUCAUGAUGCUCAUGGCAAAUAAAGCGGUAAACAUGUUGCCACCCAGGUAGACAGGGAACCCCUUUAUAAGACUCAAUCACAUUUUCUUAAGAGCAAAUGAAACAACAGCGUUCUGGAGCCAGUUACAAAUAUAUAGUUAUCAAAGUUCUUACUGACUUACUAAAGAUUUACCGCAGGUUUAAAAUCUUCACACUCUUUCUCUCUGGCUGUUGAAUGUGAAAGAAAAAUGUGUCAUCAGAUACCUUUGUGACACCAACAUGACGAUAAGUAAUGCUGUAAGCCCCAUAAACACGUUAGUCAUAGCUACAGAAGGUCCAACUACUGUGUUUCUCCAUCACUCCCACUGACUUAAUCUGCGAUUCUUACAGGUGAUUAUCCUCAGGUUUAGACUCCUCUGAGGAUUUCUAUGGGGCUCAGUGGGAUCGGUGCAGCCUACUGUAUGCACCAGGAAGGACAAAUACGCUGACAGAGCACGCCAGAACGCCUAAUAAUAGAGGGCUGAGUCUUGGCUUCCCUCAGUUACUGAGAGCUUGCGCUUCUAGCGAAGGCUUAAACGCUGACCUUGAGCUUAAAGGCCAAGCCAAUGUCCUGUACUACACGCAUCUCCUACUGGCGAGUCACUGCACAGUACAGCACUGGUAUAAUCUCCGCAGAGCACAGGUCAAUGCUGUUGUGAACACUAUAUUUAGUUAAUGGUACACACACACACACACACACACACACACACACACACACACACACACGUACGUCCAACAUACAUUAAUUCUAGGAAAAAGAAGCAAAUCUGAAUGUAGGAAGAGCAGAGUUCACGGUUCUCCUCCUGGACUCAGUCGUUACGUCUGGUUUCAUUCAGGUCAGAAACACAAACACACAGUGAGAGGACGGAGGGCCAUAAAUGUGUCCUGGCUUUCUUCGGUUUACAUUUAUCCAGCGUUCAUUAGUGACUCCUGACUCCCGCAGCUCUACAGGAAGCUGGUACGCCACUUUCCAAAGUAAAAGCAGGCCCCAGAUGUUCCGACAGUCCACCGCUCUCCACCGUCUGCUUUUCUAUUUGUCAAUGUGAAAUGAAUUAUGCAACUUGUUUUGUUUUUUUGUUUGUUUUUGUUUUUUUUUUCAUUUGCUUAUCUUUUUUGACUUGUGGAUUCAUUUUGUUGUCUGUUGCUCUUUUUGUGCAGUGACAUAUCAAAAAAGAAAGAUGUUUUUUCUAUGUAAAGGAACAAAAAAGUUUGUUUUUUUUCAAUGUGUAAAAUCAAGGGUAGAGUGUUCAAAUAUAAGACUAGCAGAAAAUACGUUAUAUUUCCUCCCUUGCCAAAGUAAUAUACGAAAUUUCAUUAAUUUUCAAAGAGUUUGUUUUUUAACUGCAUGUGUAAUGGCUAGAAUAAGCAUGUUUCUAUGUUUUCUUCAACAGAAAUCUUUAAAGAAAGACUUUUUUUAGUCCAAACUUAUGGAGCAAAGCUAUUACGUCUUGAUGCAAAGUGUGUAUAUUACUUACCCAGGUCUUCAGACGGUACAGAGCCAGGCACACAAUACCAACUCAGUGAUGUUAAAACUACCUAUUACAGUUCAUCAGUCUCAGUUUCUACUCUCAAAAGAUUUUGAAAACCACCACACACACACACACAAUGUACAUCCUCUACUUUAAAGAAAUUUGCACAUGAAUAUUUACCUUUAUAAUCUGCAGUAGAAGAUGUUUUGAUCAGUCAAGUGAUGGACUGUAAAACACAGGGUACGCAGGAGUAUAUGUAUACAGGCUGAAGACGUCAGACACCAGUACAUUCCAGGGUUUAGCCCCCCAGCACAAUGUCAAGUUAACCUACACUUUACAACGUCUUAGUGUGUAAAUAUGAUCAAUCCUCUGUGAAGCUCUUCACGGACGACCUACCGGGGCACAGUACACUGAGAGCAGACUCAGGAAAGACAACAAUGCUGAUCUUUUACACCAAUCUUUUCUAGUAAAAAAAAGAGAAAAAAAAAUGCUGUUUCUACGUUAACACUUUUAUAGAAAUGGUACUACAACAUGUCAGCAUGCUUUUCAUUUACCAUCUAACCUUGUGCUGUAAAGCCCCACCCAAGAAAAUUGUCUUGAAGCCUGAUUAUUAACCUGUUGGUGCUAUUGAGGUCGGACUCUUUACCAAAAAAAAACAUUGAUUCAGAUACAUUCCCUCGUCUCCAGCACCCAUACCACAGGUCAGGUGGCAAAGCAGAUCUCCUUAAAACUUAAAGUUACUCUUGACUGUUACUAACAAAUGGGCAUGUCCACGAAAGCCUAUAUAGCAGGUACUGAUAUCCUUAUCAUCAAACACUCCGCGAACUUUAUACUGAAGUCCAAGUAGCAAACGAUUGGAUUCCUCAGGAAUGCAACAUAUAAUUGAGCUGUUUCAUUCAUUAACACAAAGCUCAACAUUACUCUUUAUACUGCUGCCAGAAGGACCUUAGAUUAACUUAGUAAUCACGUUAUGUAGCCAAUCCUAAGGGUUGGUUGGUGGAAGUUUUGGAAAACGCCCGUCUCAUACAGGACAUUAAAGGGCUCCUUAUUUAUUACAAACUAAAAAGCCAUAGUUUAAAAACAAAAAAAAGAAAGAAAGAAAGAAUUUAAACUUGACUUAAUUACAAUGUGCACUCAUGGGACAAGAUUAAUCAUACGUGGUCAAUCAGUUGAUCAUUUUUUGCAUUUCAAUUGAAAAUUAGACAUCUUGUUCCAAAUGAAAAGCUUUUUACUGUAUUUAAUCAAAUGAGAAAAUGUAAGAUAUAAAGCUCCUCUUAUCCAGAUGUUCAGCUUCAAUUUUCAUUUUAUUCCGAAGUCAAAUGCUCCCUCCCUCCCUCCCUCCCUCCCUCGCGCCACAGCCCCGUGUCAUACUGGUGCUGCUGUCCCGCGGGCUGGAUUAUUAUGACCAUUUCAGGGUUCAGGAAAGGACCUUUCAACCUCUCACUAAUCUGUCAUGAUAUCAGUCGUGAUUACUUCAUCUAAUUACACUGAGUGGCAGAUCCAGGCAGAGUGGAAUUUAAACCACCAUCCGGAUUUAACCAAACAGCCCCCCUGUGCAUCUCUCUCUCUCUCUCUCUCUCUCUCUCUCUCUCUCUCUCUCUCUCUCUCUCUCUCUCUCUCUCUCUCUCUCACCAGUGCUGCCAUCGCCUACUGGCAGUGGGGUCAUGGAUGUGAGAGAUGGCUUCGGUGUGUUUCUCUAACAUUCAGUAAAUUCCACAUUUAUAGAGUUUGAAUUGGAACAAAAAUGGGAUCAUGAAGAAGAUAGCUCAGGUCCACUUCUCACCUAGCUGAGACAUGUAUCUGUAACCUGAGUGAGGAGCUGGUUGCUACAGAAAGAGGGAUGAAACCUGAAUGGUGGCGUGUCAGGGAAGCGGGGGAGCAAUGUCAAGUUUAGCCAAUAUUUGGCCUCCUAUCGCGGUGAUCAAUAUUUAAGGGAUCAGAAAGGGGAAACAGUUGACAACCUUAGCCCUAGGAACUUCUGCAGUUAUCUUUGACAUCUGUACAGAUGUAAAAAAAAAAUAUAUAUAUAUAUGGACUGAAAACAGGAAUGAUGAACUACACACCUACACACGCUCACGCUUUGUAACCUUCAUCCAAAAAUCUGUUGUUUAUAUGCGGCAGAUUUUCUGGUGUACCUGACGGACCUCCAUCGAAGGUUCACUGUAUAUUUCUGACUGGUGUACUGUAUGUAAAGACUGAAUAAAACCUUGAAUGUUACAUCAA